CAUUAAAGGUGCUAAAACUCGCGAACGUUGUUAUAUCGAAGUGUUUUUGGAAUUUAACGCUAUCUGGUGACGUAACUGUAAGAUAAAGUUAAAUGUUAGCAGAAGACAAACGAGCUUACAUGCUUUUCCCAAAGUAGUGCAGUUAAUCGACGAAAAAAUGGAUUUUUGUGCCGUUUUGUUAGUGGUUACGUUGUGCAAAGUGUCUAUGUCAACUACGCCGAAACUACAUAUUCCAGAACCAGUGCAAACCACCACACAGCUACCAACAUACUUAGCACAAAUGGGCAAAGGACUGACCUCAAUACCAAAAGGAGCACCAUCAGUCAGAUCAGUUAACUAUGGUUACAACAACAUCUUUAACUUAUCUGCUAAUAUCUUCUCAUACAAUGGAUUCGCAGUACUAGAUAGAAUACAGCUGAGUCAUAACCAGAUCACAAUAAUACACCAAAGAGCCUUCCGGCAUCUUAAUUAUCUGAAGGUUGUUGAUUUGUCUGGCAACAAUUUGACUAUACUGGACGUAAAUACUUUUAAAACUAAUGCUAAUUUAGAAAAACUAGAUUUAACGACUAAUAAGAUACGUUUUAGGAAUAGGCCGUUUUUGAAGUCGGCUUCUUUAACAACUUUAAUCUUAAGCGAUAAUAGAAUAGAGCAAAUAUUCGAGCUCAAUUUUACUAAACUACCAAAACUAAGAAACCUAGUCCUUAAUUCUAACGUCAUGUUUGUAAUAGCUGACCACAGCUUCCAACCCUUAACGAAUCUCGUCUAUCUCUCUCUAGCUAACUCCGGAGUUUAUAGACUAAGCGAAGAAAUGUUUCAAAACGGGAGUUACCCGAAAAUUAUAGACGUCACUGACACUCCUCUGGCUAGUAAAUUUAACCCACCCUUGAGGAAAGUUAAGAACGAAGGUGUGGUCAGUCUUAUUAACAUAGAUAAAUACUCAUAUUUUUAAUUCUCCUCGUAGAAGUCUUCAUAUUGAAGACGAUUGGUACUAUAAAUUUGAAGACAAUGUGGUAUCAUUGUCACAGACUGAAUUUUUUAGUUGUGACCUCAGACGAAGUAUUAUUUCCAUGUUCUUGGCACAAUCUGAGGUAGAGGUGGACGAGAUGAACGAUAAUGUGAGCAUGCUGUGUUGCUGAAUGUGAUGAUAUAUUUAUACGAAUAUUGUGAAGGUGUAACGUGAGAAUGUAUGAUCAAAUAUCAACUAUGCUGUUGAAAGUACUGCAUUUGCAAAAUAUUGUAAGUAGAAUUAAACUGAGGAUUCGAUUUAUUUACACUUUUUUUUAGUAGUUAUACAAUUGCUUUAAUUUGUGCUCUAUAAACUACAGUUUAAACUACAUAUUUCGUUAUAAUAAUAACUGGUCUUUAUAUAGCUAUUUAAUAAUAUUCGAGA